GGCGACACCGCCGGGGGACCCGCGCCCGGGUCCCCUCCUCUCCCGCCGCUCCCGGCCCCGCUCCGCCCCGGAGUCCGAUGGCGGCGGCCGCGCGGAGGGAGCCGGCUCAGGAUAGUGUGACCUUUGAAGACGUGGUUGUAUACUUCUCCUGGGAGGAGUGGGGUCUCCUUGAUGAAGCUCAGAGAUGCCUCUACCAUGAUGUGAUGCUGGAGAACUUUGCCCUUGUGACCUCAUUGGGUUGUUGGUAUGGAAUGGAGGAUGAGGAGGCCCUUUCUGUGCAGAGUGUUUCUGUAGAACGAAUGUCACUGGACAAGACUCCAAAUCCAGGUCCAUCCAUUCAGAAGACGCACCCUUGUGAGAAGUGUGUCCUCGUUGGGAGAGACAUUUUGUAUCUGGCUGAGUACGAAGGAUCACAUCUUGGGCAGAAAUCAUACACCUGUGAGGCAUGUGGAAAGCAAUUCUGGUUUAGUCCAAACCUCCACCAGCACCAAAAGCACACUGAAGAGAAGCCGUUUGGAAGGGACAUGGACAAGGCCUCGUUUGUGACGAGCUGCAAAAUCCAUGUGUCUGGGAAGCCCUUUACUUGUGGGGAAGUUGGGAAGGACUUCCUGGCCAUGUUGAGUCUUCUCCAGCAUCAGGCCACUCUCAAAGAGGCAAAGCCACACAGCAAUUUGAAGUGUGGAGAGGCCUUUCAUAGUGAAAAAAGUCUUUACAAGUGCCGUGAAGAUGGGAAAUCAAUCAGCUGUGAAUAUAAACUUUUUCAACAUCAGCAGAUUCACACUAGAGAAAGUUAUUAUGACUAUGACAACUGUGACAAGCCCUUCAACCAAAGUUCCAUCCUUAGUAAUUGCCAGAGAGUUCACACAGGAGCAAAGUCUCACCAGUGCACCGAAUGUGGGAAAUCCUUUAGCCAAAGCUACAGCCUCAUUCAACACUACAGAAUUCACACUGGAGCAAGGCCUUAUAAAUGCAGCGAAUGCGGAAAAGCCUUCAGCUACAAAUUCAGACUUGUUCAGCACUUGCAGAUUCACAAUAGAGUGAAGCCUUAUGAAUGUGGCGAAUGUAGGAAAUGCUUUAGCUACAGCUCUACUCUCAUUAAACACCAGAGAGUGCACACUGGAGCCAGGCCUUAUAAGUGUGGUGAGUGUGGGAAUUCUUUUAGCCAAAGCUCCAACCUCAUUCAACACCAGAAAAUUCACAGUGGAGCAAGGCCUUAUAAAUGCAGUGAAUGUGGAAAAGCCUUCAGCUACAAAUGCAAACUUGUUCAGCACCUGCGAAUUCACACUGGAGAGAGGCCUUAUGAGUGUGGUGACUGUGGGAAAUCCUUUAGCCACAGGUCCACUCUCAAUCAACACCGGAGAAUUCACACUGGAGCCAGACCAUAUAAGUGUGAUGAGUGUGAGAAAUCCUUUAGCCAAAAGUCCAACCUCAUUCAGCACUGGAGAGUUCACACAGGAGAAAGGCCUUACGAGUGUGGGGAAUGUGGGAAAUCCUUUAGCCAAAGCUCCCACAUCAUUCAGCACAGAAAACUUCACACCAGAUAACCUCAUAAACGCAACAACUGUGGGAAAACCUUUAGCCAAUGUCCUCCUGCAAUUCAACAUGAAAACUUCACAAUCCAACUAUACUUCCUUUUGUGCAGCAAACUCAGGAAACCCUUCCUCUAAAGGUCUAGAUCUUGUUUUGCCGCAGGAAGUCCACAUAGGAGAAGGGCCUUUGACCUGCAGGGAACAUGAUAUUUCUUUGUUCGGUGUAACAGAACUAGAGAGUCUUUGUGAGGAGCUGCCUGCCUGAAGUCAAACCCCAUACAUCUGAGCAUCCACAGUGGGGGGAUUCCCCAUGAGUUCUAGCUUGUGGGGAGCUUGUAGGAGCCUUGUUGCAUAUUCUAUCCUGCCGGUUCCCUGCCAGUUUCUGUGGUAGAAGCCAUCUCCCCUCUACCACCUGGAAGUCCACACAGUGUGUAUCACCCUCCCCAGUGUGCUCAGGGAAGGCAAAUGUCUCUGUUUUCUCUCCCAUUCCUUGGAGAAUGUAAUGAAAGUUCUGUGGGACCUCAUUCUCUCCUCUCUGACUAAUUAGGGCAUGAUCCUGACCCAGUUUUGGCCAAGAUCAGUCUGGGUAAUGCCAGCGGCUUACAGCUUAAAAAGAGUCCAGUUCUGGUCUAACUUGCACUGCUGCCCAAGGCCUCCUAGGAAGGACUACAGGGCUUUGUAUUCCUAGUUUAUGGCAUGGAUGCCAGGAUUUUUGUGGGCCCAGAGGUCACCUGGAGGAGGGUAUAGUUGUCAUGACAACUUCUAGUGUUUCCAUGAGAAGUUGAAAUUGGUUCCCAGGGAUGUCACAUACUGUCAGGCGCUAUUGGGGGAGCUGUACCCCAGGUACUGCAAAUCGUGUGCCUUCAUAUCUAAAGUUUGGAUUUUCUUACAUCACUGGUUGUAAGACUACAGGGGCCAGGCUGAAACCAGUUUGUACAGAAACACUGGAUGUGAUUAAUUAACAUGCACUGGAGGAGACCGCAGAGAAAGGUGCGUCCACAAGGUGUCCCAGUGACUAUGGCUACAUGGGAUGAGUGUAUAGUACACUCUAUACCUGUGUCCUUCCUGUAGUUGAGGCCAUUGUCAGAGCAAACAAAGCUUUGUUUUUUCUUCUAGCCUCGGGACCCUUGACCUCAAGGAUAGUGCUGCAUAGGCAAGAAAAUGAGAGUAGACAGAAGGGAGCUCUUGUAGCCCAGGGAUGUGGUUUUUGUGACCCAGCAGCUAUUCCUGCUGACCCAGAUAGAAAAGAUCUUUGCUAAUAUUUUCUGCCACUGAUGCAGGGCUGCCCUUCUCAAGGCAUGAAGAGAGCGAUUGAGUUGAUGUAGGGUUUCUAAACCUCUGGUUAGGAGAAAAGAUAUCUAGACUUAUAUUUGAACAGUUUUUACAAAGCUUUAUUGAGGUGGAAUUGAUAUCCUAUAAGCUGCACAUAUUUAAACUGUACAAUAUGGUUUUGACAUACAUGUACACUCAUGAGGCCAUCAAAAUCAUGAUAAUGGACAUAUCUGCACCUCUCAGAAUUACCUGUGCCCUUUUUUAAUCUGUCCCUCUGCCUUCAUGGCAACUAUUGAUUUACUUUCUUUGACAGAAAAUUUGUAUUUUAUAGAAUUUUAUAUGAUUGAAAUCAUAAAAUGCUUUUUUUUUAAAUUGUGAUUUCCCUCAUGCUGCAUAAUUAUUUUGAGAUUCAUAAAUGUUGCUUAUGUAAAUAAUUUGUUAUUGUUGGGUACUAUUUUGCUGUAUGGAUGUAACAUGAUUUGUUUACCCAUUUCUCUGUUAAUGGACAACGGCUUGUUUGCAGUUUUGGGCUAUAAUAAAGCUUCAUUUGUCUGCACAAAUGGAA